AUGUCCAAUUCGCUGUACAAAAGCCCGUCGAUGGCGAACGCCGCCCUGUACAAAUCCCCAUCGAUGAGCGCGUUCGGUGGCGCUCCAGGCGGCCCCUUCGGUUCCAUGUCCGUCGCUGAUCUGGGCAGUCUGACCCGGCUUGAGGUAACCAAAGUUUUGUGUUGUUUGAUAUCUCUUCACCCACCUACGUUCAUUGUGUUAAAACAAACAUUGCUUUAGGACAAGAUCCGUCUUCUCCAAGAAGACUUGGAAUCCGAACGUGAAUUAAGAAACCGCAUCGAGCGUGAGCGAGCUGACCUCUCUGUCCAACUCAUCGCCUUGACUGACCGUUUGGAGGAUGCCGAAGGCACCACCGAUUCCCAAGUGAGUUUUCCCAUAAUUGGGCAAUGUGAUUAAAAUGAUCGAAGACAAGUAUAAGAUCAAAGUAACCAUAAGUUCAAUAUUACCUAAAUUACAAAUCUUUGUAUUAUUCAACUUGCACUACGAUAUUCACCUUUAAUCCUUGAAUCCAGAUCGAAUCCAACCGCAAAAGAGAAUCCGAGCUCCAAAAGCUCCGCAAACUUUUGGAAGAAUCGCAAUUGGAAAGCGAAGAUGCCAUGAACGUGUUGAGAAAGAAGCACCAAGAUGCUCUUCUCGACUACCAAGACCAGAUCGAGCAGCUUCAGAAAAAGAACUCCAAGUACGAAAUUCGUUCAUUUUCCUUUAUUUUUUUAUAUUUUUUACAUUUUUUCGGAAUUUUUCGUAAAAUAUUUAUUUUCUUGAAACUUUCGUUGCAGGAUCGACCGUGAACGUCAGCGUCUUCAACACGAAGUCAUUGAAUUGACCGCCACCAUCGACCAAGUCCAGAAGGACAAGGUAAACCUCAUUUUAAUGUUUUUGCUUUAAAAUCCCUUCAAGUUUCACUUCCUCCAUUAAGUUUUGGCAGAUAUUUGCCGCAUUUUUGGGUUUACGUUCGUUUUCUUUGGAAACCCUUUGGCUGCGACUUCGUAAACAGUUGUUUCCCCAAUAUUUAGCCGUCCGUUUCUGUGAAUAAGAAAUGGGAAGGGCAAUUGGACACAAGUGAUCUGGACGGGUGGGCGGCCGACCCGAUUGCCUUAGGGCCGAAACAUCUGUUGUGCCUUACCCAUCCACCUCCACACCUUCUUUUAUAAAUAUAAAGACAUUACUAUACCAGAAAAUUGGUAUCAAUAGUGUCAUCCUUUAUUUCAAAACACACAUAAUUAAAAACAUAUCAUAAUAUUAAUUAAACAUUACAUAAUAACACAUACUUAUAAAAAUUUUGUUUUAGCACGCCGCCGAGAAGGCCGCCGAACGCUUCGAAGCCCAAGCCAACGACUUGUUGAACAAGGUCGAAGACUUGAACAAGCACGUCAACGACUUGGCCCAACAACGCCAACGUCUCCAAAACGAGAACAACGAGUUGUUGAAGGAGGUCCACGACCAGAAGGUCCAACUCGACAACCUCCAACACGUCAAGUACCAACUUGCCCAGCAACUCGAGGAAGCCCGCCGUCGUCUCGAGGAUGCCGAGAGAGAACGCUCCCAGCUCCAAUCUCAACUCCACCAAGUCCAAUUGGAGCUCGACUCUGUCCGUACUGCCUUGGAUGAGGAGUCCGCUGCUCGUGCUGAGGCCGAGCACAAGCUCUCCUUGGCCAACACCGAGAUCUCUCAAUGGAAGAGCAAGUUCGACGCUGAAGUCGCUCUCCAUCACGAAGAGGUCGAGGACUUGCGCAAGAAGAUGCUUCAGAAGCAAGCCGAGUACGAAGAACAAAUCGAAGUUUUGGUACAGAAGAUCUCUCAACUCGAGAAGGUAGGCUGCAAUCAUCACGUUUUCUGUAUUUUCACUUUUUUAUUAAGAUUCACUUAUACAUUUACAGUACUUUAUUAUAAAAGUCUACUUGUGUUUUCUUUUUGUCAACUAUUUUUGACUACGAAGUGUCAUUGUUUUUCUUAUAGGCCAAGUCCAGACUUCAAUCUGAAGUUGAGGUCCUCAUCGUCGACCUCGAGAAGGCCCAGAACACCAUCGCCAUCUUGGAACGUGCCAAGGAACAACUGGAGAGAACCGUCAACGAACUCAAGCAGCGCAUCGACGAACUCACCGUCGAGUUGGAAGCUGCCCAACGUGAAGCUCGUGCUGCUUUGGCUGAGCUCCAGAAGAUGAAACACUUGUACGAGAAGGCCGUCGAGCAGAAGGAAGCUUUGGCCCGUGAAAACCGCAAGCUCCAAGGUAGGCUAAUUAUAUUGACGCAAAAAAGGUUAUUACCUUUCUUAAGUUACAAAUUAAUUAGAAUUUUUAUUAUUUUACUCGUACUACAACAGUAAUGCUAAAUUAUCCUUCCAGACGAUCUGCAUGAAGCCAAGGAAGCUUUGGCCGACGCCAACCGCAAACUCCAUGAACUUGACUUGGAGAAUGCCCGUCUUGCUGGAGAGAUCAGAGAACUCCAAACCGCCCUCAAGGAAUCCGACGCCGCUCGCCGUGACGCCGAAGCGCGUGCCCAACGUGCCUUGGCCGACCUCCAACAACUCCGCGUCGAAAUGGAACGCCGUCUCCAAGAGAAGGAGGAGGAGAUCGAGAACUUGCGCAAGAACAUGCAAUUCGAGAUCGACAGGUUGACCGCCGCCUUGGCCGACGCCGAAGCCCGCAUGAAGGCCGAGAUCUCUCGUCUGAAGAAGAAGUACCAGGCCGAGAUCGCCGAACUCGAAAUGGCCGUCGACAACCUCAACCGCGCCAACAUCGAAGCCCAGAAGACCAUCAAAAAGCAGAGCGAACAGCUCAAGGUCCUCCAAGCUUCAUUGGAAGACACCCAGAGACAACUCCAACAGACCCUCGACCAAGUAAGACAUAACAAUAUUAAAAUGCUUCUAAUUUAUUUUUUUAUUUUUAAAAUAGUCAUCAUUAAUUGUUACAGUAUGCUUUGGCUCAACGCAAGGUCUCUGCCUUGGCUGCCGAACUCGAGGAGUGCAAGUCCGCUUUGGAUAACGCCAUCCGUGCCCGCAAGCAAGCCGAAGUUGAAUUGGAAGAAGCCCACGGCCGCAUCAACGACCUCCAAUCCAUCAACAACAACCUCACCGCCAUCAAGAACAAGCUCGAGACCGAACUCUCCACCGCCCAGGCCGACCUCGACGAGGCCACCAAGGAAUUGCACGCCGCCGACGAACGUGCCAACCGUGCUUUGGCCGACGCUGCUCGUGCUGUAGAACAGCUCCACGAAGAACAAGAGCACUCCAUGAAGAUCGACGCUUUGAGGAAGUCGUUGGAAGAACAGGUCAAGCAACUCCAGGUCCAGAUCCAAGAAGCCGAAGCCGCCGCCCUUCUCGGAGGAAAGCGUGUCAUCGCCAAGUUGGAGACCCGUAUCCGCGACUUGGAGACCGCCUUGGACGAGGAGACCCGACGACACAAGGAGACCCAGAACGCCCUCAGAAAGAAGGACCGCAGAAUCAAGGAAGUCCAGAUGCAAGUCGACGAAGAGCACAAGAACUUCGUCAUGGCUCAAGACACCGCCGACAGACUUUUGGAGAAACUCAACAUCCAGAAGCGACAACUCGGAGAAGCCGUAAGUCAUUGUUUUGCUGUACAGCUUACAUUUGGCUUAUUAUUAUAUUGAGGUAGCUGAUUUGAUUUAGUGUUGAGUCGGUAGAAGUUGAACCUGUACCUUUUAGGAAUCCAUCACCAUGCAAAACCUACAACGUGUCCGCCGUUACCAACGCGAGUUGGAAGACGCCGAAGGCCGUGCCGAUCAAGCCGAAAGCUCAUUGCACCUCAUCCGCGCCAAGCACCGCAGCUCCGUCGUCACCGGCAAAGGAAGCUCGCCUAAAGUAUAUGUUUUGGAAGACGACGCUUAG